AGACCCCCCAAAACCUCCUCAGAGACCUCUAAAAGCCCCUAAGGGACCACAAAACCACAGAACAGCAGAAGAGCUUUCUGUAAAGGAAGGGAGCAAAGAAUCUGAGAAGGAGGAGACCAAGGAAAAACUGAAGCAAAGCAAUAAAAUCAUCCUGGCCCUUGCAGUUUUUCCUUCACCUUUUUCUCACUUUUCCUUUUUUUAGAGUUCUUUUUUUGGUUGGGUGGUUUUGAAUUUUUUUUUCCGAGGGACUUUCUCAGGAAUCGAAUCACCCUUCCGGGUUCUUGGGAGGCCUCCGGGCCCCGCGGCCCCCGAGACGGUUCCAAGGCCCUGCGCUCUGACCCUCGGGAACCUCCGAACCCCCGCAUUAAACCCUCCCGAGCCCUCCAGCCUUUCCCCCCACAGCCGCGCUCCCCGCAGCCCCCGAGGGGAUCCCCAGACCCCGCUCUCCCGCACCCCCCGCCUGCACUCAGAGCUCACCGACCGACCCGCCGCCAUCACCGAUUCCCGGCAGCCAACGCGGCAGGGGCGGGGGCGGGGCUGCGGGGGCGUGGCCGCGCGCUGAUUGGCUGCGGCGGCGUUCUCUGAACGCGGUGCGCGCGCAGCCGGGAAUCGGUGAUGGCGGCGGGGCCUGCGGUUCGCUCUGAGUGCUGAUUUGUCCUUCCCAAAGCUUGGGCGGAUGGAGGAGGAGGCUGCGAGGAAGAGGAAGAUGCCUUGGGCCCCCCAGGCAGGCCCCGAGCUGAGGACGGAGAGCCCGGAGGACAAAUCCCCCCGUGAGACCCUGGUGGGAGAGGCCGUUUUGAAGGGCUCCCCGGCGCAGGAAGGCAGCGGGGAGGAAAAGGGCCGGAGAUCCCCCCGCAGGAGGGGCUCCAAAGCCAGCCCAGGGUGUUCUGAGGAGGAAAGACCCAGCCUGUGCCGGGAAGGCGGCCGGAGCUUGAGGGGGAGCUCUGACCUCGUGGUCCCUGAGCAACCUCCCAGCAAGGAGAAACUGUUCAAAUGCUUGGAAUGUGGGAAGAGCUUCAGGAAGAGCUCCCACCUCCUCAGCCACCAGCACAUCCACACUGGGGCACGUCCCUACACGUGUGGGGAAUGUGGGAAGAGCUUCAACCAGAGCACCCACCUCAUCAAACACCGGCGCAUCCACACUGGGGACCGACCCUACAUGUGUAAGGAAUGUGGGAAGAGCUUCACUGACAGCUCUAGCCUUAUCCAACACCAUCGUAUCCAUACUGGGGAACGGCCCUACACUUGUUGGGAAUGUGGGAAGAGCUUCAGGAACAGUGGCAACCUCCGCAUCCACCAGCGCAUCCACACUGGAGAACGGCCCUACAAGUGCUUGAAAUGUGGGAAGAGAUUUCAGACUAGCUCACAUCUCCUCAGGCAUGAGCAGACACACACGGAUGAGAGGCCCUUCCGCUGCACCGACUGUGGGAAGGGCUUCAACAUGAACUCCCACCUCGUCAGGCACCGGCGUAUCCACACCGGGGAGAGGCCCUACAAGUGUGGGGAGUGUGGGAAGAGCUUCACCCACAGCUCUACCUUGAUUAAACACCGAAGGAUCCACCGAAGGAUCCACCGAUAA